UCAAUGUCAUCAUCAUCAUCGCCAUCAACAACAUCAUUGGAAGAUGUACAAGAAGAACGUAUUCAAGUAGAAUCGUUUGCGCAAUUAGUUGCAGCUCAUUGGCAAUUCGAUCAUUUGGAUAGCAUAAUGAGUACUAGUCAUAAAGAAAUGGCUGAUCUAAUACAAAAUCAUAUAGAAAUCGAUCUCAUACUUCAACCAUCGGAUGGCACGUCUAUUGCUUCAGAUAGUAGUCUAACAUCAUCAUCAAAUGUACAACAACGACCAUUCAUGCGACAACGACCAAUGGAGCAUAUGGAGUUUGAUCUAUUGAAAUCACAAAUGAUGAAUGCAAUCCAAUCGCGUACACAGGGACUUUUACCAGAAAUGUGGGAUCAUUUAGGUGAAGCAUUAGGAAGACCAGCCAUGGAAGCUUAUAUACAACAACAAUUACGUCUAUCCUGUCCAACCAUUGACAACAAUGAUUCGGUAACAUUGGAUUGUUUACAAGAAAAUGCAUCGAUGCUCACUUUAGAACUAGAUACCUAUGUACAACAACAUUUGAUGGAUCUUUGGAUUCGAUUACAGGAAGAGGCUUUGCCGGAUUUACUUGAUAGUACGGUCAAAGAAUUAGAAGAAUUAGUGGCGUAUUUCAAUCAAGACGCUGUUUUCACCACACAUCAUCAUAUUUCGUUGAACGUCAUACCAUGGUCU